CUGUUUGUGUAGUACAAAUAUUAUCGCGAUAUCACAAGUUUUACAAUGUAUACAUGACAGAAGUGAAACGUUCAAUUAUUUUUUAAACAAUUUAAUAAAUCAAGAAAAAUGUUUAUUGUUGGAUUGACAGGUGGUAUUGCCACUGGAAAGAGUACUGUUGCUGCAAUAAUGCGAGAACAUGGAAUACCUGUCAUCGAUGCUGAUAUCGUUGCAAGAAAAGUUGUUGAACCAGGAAAGCCAGCGUGGCAUAAUAUACGUAAAGAAUUUGGAUCGGAGGUAUUUUUGGAGAAUGGAGAACUUGAUCGUGUCAAAUUGGGAGAUUUGAUAUUCAAUGAUGUUGAGAAGAGAAAAAAAUUAAAUACCUUAACGCAUCCUCAUAUCUACAGGGAAAUGGGCUGGCAGGCAUUUAAAUGUUUUCUUAAAGGGCAUCCCUUUAUUGUUAUGGAUUUGCCAUUACUCUUCGAAACUGGCCACAUGCUGGGAUAUUUACAUAAAAUCAUUGUCGUCACAUGUGAAGAAGAUCUUCAGCUCCAGCGAUUAAUGGAGCGUUCUGGCUUCACAGAAGCGAAAGCAAAAUUACGAAUAGGCGCACAAAUGUCACUGGAAAAAAAGGCGGAUAUGGCAAAUUUUGUCAUUGAAAAUUCUAGCAGCGAUCGUGAUACUCGCGAACAAACAAUAAAAGUCAUCAAUGUUCUAAGAAGUUACAAGCAACAUUGGAAACUACGAAUUUUAGUUGGAUUUUGUUGCACCGUAUUAUUGGCUGGCGUCUAUUGGCUGAGAAAUAAAUCUUUAAAAUCAGCACCUGCAGUUUCAUAAGAAAAAGAAAAAGAAACAGCCAGGUACAAAAAAAAGGAAAAGAAAAAUACCUCCAGAUUAAAAUAAUUGUCGCCUGGGGUGACAAUUUUUUAAUUCACAAGUCAUCAUCGAAGAAUUUUCCAUUGGAAGCUAAUUAUAAAAAAGAAAACUUAUUAAUAAUGUAGAAUUUUUUUUAAACAGUUAUUUCUAUUCCAUGAAUUUAGAUCUGAUUUAAUUGAUUUUUUUUCUAAUUUGCUACUCAAUUUUUUAGAUAUACUUAUUGAAAAAUGUUUAGCACAAAACUUUCGGAUUUAAAGUCCGAAAUCUUCCUAAAUAUAAUACCAUAUAUUUUACAAUAAAAUUUGAAAAUAAAUUUUCAAAUAAACUUGUUUUAUUAAAAAGAAUAAGAAAUGUUUUUCUUAUUGUUUCUUGUUAAUCUUGUAAGUCGAAAUAAUAGAAAUAAAAACUACACGA